AUGUCUGAAAAAUUGUUUAGAAUUAAUUGUGGAUAUCAAAACUACGAUUGGGGGAAAAUUGGCUCAACGUCAGCUGUUGCACAAUUCGCAGCAAGCUCGGACCCUUCAGUAAAGAUUGAUGAAUCUAAACCAUAUGCCGAAUUAUGGAUGGGUACUCAUCCUUCAGUUCCUUCAAUAGCUGUUGAUUUACCAGGUAAGAAAACUCUUCGUGAUUUAGUAACUUCUAAUCCUGAACAUUACUUAUCGAAGUCAAUUAUUGAUAAAUUUGGUUCUUCAAAGGAAUUACCAUUCCUUUUUAAAGUUUUAUCCAUUGAAAAGGUUUUAUCUAUCCAAGCUCACCCUGAUAAACAAUUAGGAGCACAGUUACAUGCAAGCGAUCCAAAGAAUUAUCCAGAUGAUAAUCAUAAACCAGAAAUGGCAAUUGCUGUUACAGAUUUCGAAGGUUUCUGUGGUUUCAAACCUUUAGAUCAAUUGUCAACCACAUUACAAACUAUUCCAGAAUUGAAUGAAAUCAUUGGGGAAGACUUGGUACAAGAAUUUUCUCAAGGAAUAAAACCUAAUGCAGAAUUAGGUUCUAAUGAAGAUAUAAAUAAUAGAAAACUAUUGCAAAAAAUCUUUGGUAAAUUAAUGAAUACUGAAGAAUCUAUUAUUAAUAAGAAAGCACAAGAAUUGGUCAAAAGAACCGAGCUGAACCCAGAAUUGUUCAAGAGUAUUGAUUCUAGAUUACCUGAAUUAAUUCAAAGAUUAAAUAAGCAAUUCCCAAAUGAUAUUGGUUUAUUCUGUGGUUGUCUUUUGUUGAAUCACGUGGCCCUCAAUAAAGGUGAAGCCAUGUUCUUACAAGCUAAAGAUCCUCAUGCUUAUAUCAGUGGUGAUAUUAUUGAAUGUAUGGCUGCAUCUGACAAUGUUGUAAGAGCAGGGUUUACCCCUAAAUUUAAGGAUGUUAAGAACUUAGUAGAAAUGUUAACAUAUUCUUAUGAUUCAGUUGAAAAACAAAAGAUGCCAUUACAAGAAUUCUCAAGAUCUAGAGGUGAUGCUGAAAAAUCUGUUCUUUAUGACCCACCAAUUGCAGAAUUUUCUGUUUUACAAACCAUUUUUGAUAAGCAAGUCGGUCAAAAACAAACUUUUGAUGGUUUCCAAGGUCCAUCUAUUAUAAUUGCAACCAGUGGUUCUGGAUCAAUUCAAAUUAAAGGUGAUGAAUCAUCUCUUCAAAAGGUUCAAACUGGUUUCGUAUAUUUUGUCGCACCUGGAGUGGAAAUUGAAUUAGUUUCUGAAUCUCAAGAUCAAGAAUUCACUACAUAUAGAGCGUUUGUAGAAGCAUAA